AUGUCAGAUGCAAAUGUUGUGAAGUUCAGUAAUGAUGGAAGACUGCUUUUGACUACAUCAGAUGGGCAUAUUCACUUAUCGACAUAUAAUGUGAAGCCUUUUUCAAGUAAUUCAACUUUGGAGGCUUCUGAGGGAAUGUGUGUUAUAUCAGGUUCUGGUGAUAGUAGUGUUUAUGCUUGGAGUGUUCAGAGUGGAAAAGAAGUUGCCAGUUGGAUGAGUUCACAAGCCGAACCACCUGUAAUCAAAUGGGCUCCUGGUAAUGUUUGUAACUGGACGAAGAAAUGGGGUUUCGACAUGCUCCUGCCCAUAUGUUAUGACCCACUUGUAAGCUGCUUCUCAAAAUGCUAUGCCGCUUGUCUGGAGAUCUGGUAA